AUCAACACAACACGUUUAAUUAAUCGCUUAUAUAAAUAAACCCCUUAACUUCUCCACUUACCCCUCCUCGUUCUUCUUCACGUUCACAAAGACAAAUUAAUUAACGAAUAUUUCAGAAAGAGAAUAUGGAAGAUGAAGGUUGUGAAUGCAAGCCAUUGGGUUUCUUGCUUGGAUUACCUUUUGCUCUUUUGGCUUUGAUUUUAUCUCUUGUUGGUGCAGUUAUCUGGAUUUUUGGGUCUAUAUUGAGUUGUUUGUGCCCAUGUUGCAUUUGCUGCACUGGAUUGGCAAAUUUGGCUGUGGGUCUUGUGAAGCUUCCAGUUCGGGUUCUUAAAUGGUUCACUCGCCAAAUUCCUUGCUAGAUCAUUCAUUAUCCAUCCAUCCCUUUUUUUUUUAGCCUUUUUUCUUCUAUGACUGUGCUUAUUUGUAUGAUUAAAUUGGUUUAAUUAUGAGUAUUUCAUUAUUUUUUU